CUCUCUCUCUCUCUCAGAAGGAUUUCUUCACUUCACUUCCGAUAUCCUCCAUGAAUGUUCAUCAUCAACAUCAUCAUCAGCAGCAGCAGCAGCAGCAGUCUGCAGAGUACACUGGAGCAACAAUUUUGAGCUUCAAUGGAAACACUCUCAUAGACAACAGACCAAUAAUGAACCCUUUGGAGCUCUUCUAUGGAGACAGCUACUUGAAGCUCACUGGACGUUCAUCUCUGCAAAAUACAUCUCCAAACCAAGUACUCUUCAACUUCCAUCUCCGCGAAUACUGCGAAUGGCUCGACCGCUCUGAUAUCGUCUCUCCGGUCUGUAUCACCAACACCUCAGUCCUCCACUGGUCCUCCUCCGACAAUCUCAACAACUUCACUGACACCGAAGCCUCUCGCCGCAGUAUUCACCGCAUGCUUAUCAACAUCCCUUUCCAAACAGAGAGCAAGGAACUAUGGAAGCUUGCCAUUGCAUUGUUUUCAAGACUGAUAGUGAAUAAGAUGAUCAGUAAAGAAAGUUGCAGACAUGUACAAGUUGAAAUAGAUGUGAAGGUGGUGGCUUUGACAAGGAGAUUGGUUGCCCCAAACGUUCACCGGAGGACGGUGGAGAGGUUGGUUCACCGGAGAGAAGCUGGGAGGUUCAUGGGGACUCCAAUUGUGACUUCUCUUACUGCAUUGAUAUGGAGUGACAUCUUUGAUGCUGUUUCUGGUCAGUCUUCUUGCACCUUUAGACUUAUCACUCAAUUCUAAUUAACUCUUAAUUUGAGCAAAAUACAUGCAUGCAUGAUCAGCUCUUAAUUAAUUAA